UCAUCUUCUCGUGACAUUUCGUGUCGUUCCUUGCUUCAAUAACACUGCAGUCAUGGAGUUAAAGAUAGCCGAAGUGGCUGUAUUAACUUAAGAUAAAUCAUUCUUGUUCUCCUGAGUGGUUGGACGGGCAUUACUGGAGAGAAUGUGGCAGGUCUUUAGGCUUCUGUCGGCGGUCAGUCGGCCAUUCUGCCGGGCUGCAUUUGUCACGACGCGACUUUACACUGUAGCGGCAGAACGAGGCUCCAUUGGCGGAUACAGAGGCGUUGCUAUCUCGAGCCUCUGUCGGACUCGGGCCAACUUCCUGUCCAAUCGCAGCUUUCAGACCGCUCAGCGACGUUUCUACUCCAGCGAGCCCAAAGUUCCAGAUGGGAAAGGAGGAGGAGGAGGAGGAGGAGGACGUGCCGGCGGCGGGAAAAGAGGCGGCGGGAAAGAUUGGUGGAGUCGCAUGCAGAAGGGCGACUUCCCGUGGGACGAGAAGGACUUCCGCUACGUGGCGCUGGCCGUGGCCGGCGUCUCCUCCACGAUGCUCUACCUGUACUUCCGAGAUGCCGGCCGAGAGAUCAGCUGGAAGGACUUUGUGCACCGCUACCUGGGGCGAGGCAUCGUGGAACGUCUGGAGGUGGUCAACAAGCAGUACGUGCGCGUCGUCCUGGCGCCGGGUGUCGAGGCUGAAGCGAGCUACAUUUGGUUUAACAUCGGCAGCGUGGACACUUUUGAGAGGAACCUGGAGACGGCCCACUUGGAGCUCGGCAUGGAGUCCACCCACCGCCCCGCCGUGAUCUACAGCUCGGAGAGCGACGGCUCCUUCCUCAUGAGCAUGAUUCCCACUCUGCUCCUCAUCGGGUUCCUGCUCUUCAACUUGCGGCGUGGGCCCAUGGGGGCCGGGCCGGGCGGCGGCAGGGGCGGGCCCUUCAGCAUGAGCGAGUCGACGGCGAAGAUGAUGAAGGACAACAUCGAGGUCAAGUUCAAGGACGUGGCAGGCUGCGAGGAGGCCAAACUGGAGAUCCUGGAGUUUGUCAACUUCCUGAAGAACCCGCAGCAGUACCAGGACCUCGGAGCCAAGAUCCCGAAGGGGGCCGUGCUCUCGGGACCUCCCGGUACCGGGAAGACUCUCCUGGCUAAAGCCACAGCCGGCGAAGCCAACGUUCCCUUCAUCACCGUCAACGGCUCCGAGUUCUUGGAGAUGUUUGUGGGCGUCGGCCCGGCCAGGGUGAGGGACAUGUUCGCCAUGGCCAGGAAGAACGCGCCCUGCAUUCUCUUCAUCGACGAGAUCGACGCCGUGGGCCGCAAGCGAGGAGGCGGGAACUUUGGCGGUCAGAGCGAGCAGGAGAACACGCUCAACCAGCUCCUGGUGGAGAUGGACGGUUUCAACACGGCCACCAACGUGGUGGUACUCGCCGGAACCAACAGACCCGACAUCCUGGAUCCCGCCCUGAUGAGACCGGGACGCUUUGACAGACAGAUCUACAUCGGUCCUCCGGACAUCAAAGGCCGGGCGUCCAUCUUUAAAGUCCACCUGCGGCCCAUCAAGCUGGACCCCGGCAUAGACAAGGACACCCUGGCCAGGAAGAUGGCCGCCGCCACGCCGGGAUUCACGGGGGCGGACAUCGCUAACGUGUGCAACGAGGCGGCGCUCAUCGCCGCCCGACACCUGAACCCGCACGUCGACCACAAACACUUCGAACAGGCCAUCGACCGCGUCAUCGGAGGUCUGGAGAAGAAGACUCAGGUGCUGCAGCCCACAGAGAAGAAGACGGUGGCCUACCACGAGGCCGGCCACGCCAUCGUGGGCUGGUUCUUGCAGCACGCCGACCCUCUACUCAAGGUGUCCAUCAUUCCACGGGGCAAAGGUCUGGGUUACGCCCAGUACCUCCCCAGGGAGCAGUACCUGUACAGCCGCGAGCAGCUCUUUGACAGGAUGUGCAUGAUGCUGGGGGGCCGCGUGGCCGAGCACGUCUUCUUCGGACGCAUCACCACGGGCGCUCAGGAUGACCUCAAGAAGGUCACGCAGUCCGCCUACGCUCAGGUGGUUCAGUUCGGGAUGAGCGACAAGGUGGGCCAGGUGUCCUUCGACCUCCCCCGGCAGGGCGACAUGGUCCUGGAGAAACCGUACAGCGAAGCCACGGCCGAGCUCAUCGACGAGGAGGUCCGAGCGCUGGUGGACCGCGCCUACGAGCGCACGCUGCGGCUCAUCCAGGACAAGAAAGACCUGGUGGAGCUGGUGGGCAAGCGUCUGCUGGAGAAGGAAGUCCUGGACAAGGCGGACAUGUUGGAGCUGCUGGGGCCGCGGCCCUUUGAGGAGAAGUCCACGUAUGAGGAGUUCGUGGAGGGCACGGGGAGCUUCGAGGAGGACACAAGCCUGCCUGAAGGCCUCAGAGACUGGAACCGGGAGAGGGGUGAGAAGGAGAAGGAGAAGGAGCAGGAGACGGAGAAGGACCCUGGACCCUCCCAGGACAGACAGCAUGCGGUGUAGGGAACCUCCAUCGAGGACCAGACAAAGACUGCAGUACCUCAGCCAGCCAGCAGGAGACCACCCAGCACAAUUCUAUUAUCAAAAUGACACUUUUUUUUUUCCUAUUUAUUCAUUUUGAAGCUAAGUGACAUCAAUUGUGUCAGAGUGAGACCUCCCGUCUCAGGCCGGCCUCAACAGAAGAACACCUCUUUUUUUUUUCUUUUUUUUUUUAAAUUUUGUUUUUAGUGCCUGAAAUUUCAAACAAGGCAACCUGCUGCUCUGAGGUCAACGUGAACAAACUUGACGUAAAAAAAAAAACAUCAUCAAAGUUCUUGUGUUGGAAUUUCAGAAUAAAAGUCCAGCAAAACAUUUUAA